UCGCUGCUGCCUUUCGUCAUCUGGCCAGCCUGUACCUUCUUGCCGUGCAACUGCAGAAGCAUCCGCAUACCUCGGCGAGAGUCUGUCGAUCAGUCUGGUCCGCUUUCUCCUAUUCACAGGGCAAAGACAAAAACUCAGUCGCGUGCUUCGACAGGGGCCAACGGUAGGGAUCAUCAGGGCGACGGCACGUCGGAGAGAAUUUCGCCAGCCAUGACUGAUCGUGGUUGCAUUCUCCCUUGUGCUAUGGUUGUCCUUGCUCUGCCCUGGCCUGGUAACAGGAAUUUCUGCUGUACACCCAACCCAAUAUGGAACGGCACGGUUCGCCGCGUCAUCGCCUCCGCACCGCAGAAUGUUGGAAUCAGGACAAAUGUAUACCAACACGUGCCGAGCAAGCAGCUAUCCGCUUUCUGCACCCGACCUCUCAUCGACUCAACUCUAAUUUGGCUACGUACGUACGUACGCCAAACAGUCCUUCUCCUCGUCUCUGCGGGCUAG